AUGAAGACAAGGUUCCUCACUCUUAGGACAAGGUUCCUCACUCUGAGGACAAGGUUCCUCACACUGAGUAAAAGGUUCCUCACACUGAGAAAAAGGUUCAUCACUCUCACGAACAAGGUUCCUCACUCUGAGGACAAGAUUCCUCACUCUGACGACAAGGUUCCUCACUCUGAGGACAAUGUGCUUCAUUCUGAGAACAAGGUUCCUCACUCUGAAGACAAGGUUCCUCAGUCUGAGAACAAGGUUACUCACUGUGAGAACAAGGUUCCACACACUGAGGAAAAGGUUCUUCAUUCUGAGGACAAGGUUUCUCACUCUGAGGAGAAGGAUCCUCACACUGAGGAAAAGGUUCCUCACUCGGACGACAAGGUUCCUCACCCUGAGGACAAUGUUCCUCACACUGAGGACAAGGUUCCUCACUCUGACGACAAGGUUCCUCACACUAAGGACAAGGUACCUCACUCUGAGGAAAAGGUUAAUCACUCUGAUGACAAGGUUCCUCACUCUCAGGACAAUGUACCUCACUCUGUCAACAAGUUUCCUCUCUCUAAAAACAAGGUUCCUCACUCUGAGUACAAGGUACCUCACUCUGAGGACAAGGCUCCUCGCUCUGAGGACAAGGUUCCUCUCUCUGAGGUCAAGGUUCCUCAUUCUGAGGACAAGGUUCCUCUCUCGGGGAACAAGGUUCCUCACUCUGAGGACAAGGUGCCUCACUCUGAGGACAAGGUUCGUCACACUGAGGAUAAGGUUGCUCACUCUGAGAACAAAGUUUCUCACUCUGAGGACAAGGUUCCUCAGACUGAGGAAAAGGUUCCUCCCUCUAAGGACAAGGUUCCUCACUCUGAGGAAAAGGUUCCUCACUCUGAGGACAAGGUUCCUCACUCUUAGGACAAGGUACAUCACUCUGACAACAAGGUUCCUCACUCUAAAAACAAGGUUCCUCACUCUGAGGACAAGGUUCCUCUCUCUGAGGACAAGGUUCGUCACUCUGAAGACAAGGUUUUCAGUAUGAGGACAAGGUUUCUCACUCUGAGGACAAGGUUCCUCACUCUGAGGACAAGUUUCCUCACUCUGAGGACAAGGUUCCUCACUCUGAGGACAAGGUUCCUCACUCUGAGGAAAAGGUUCCUCACUCUGAGGAAAAGGUUCCUCACUCUGAGGACAAGGUUCCUCACUCUCAGGACAAGGUACAUCACUCUGACAACAAGGUUCCUCACUCUAAAAUCCAGGUUCCUCACUCUGAGGACAAGGUUCCUCACUCUGAGGACAAGGUUCCUCACUCUGACGACAAGUUUCCUCACACUGAGGAAAAGGUUCCUCACACUGAGGAAAAGGUUCCUCACUCUCACGACAAGGUUCCUUACUUUGGGGACAAGAUUCCUCACUCUGACGACAAGGUUCCUCACUCUGAGGACAAUGUUCUUCAUUCUGAGAACAAGGUUCCUCACUCUGAAGACAAGGUUCCUCAGUCUGAGAACAAGGUUACUCACUGUGAGAACAAGGUUCCACACACUGAUGAAAAGGUUCCUCAUUCUGAGGACAUGGUUUCUGACUCUGAGGACAAGGUUCCUCACCCUGAGGAAAAGGUUCCUCGCAUUGCGGACAAGGUUCCUCACUCUGAGGACAAGGUUCCUCAGUCUGAAGUCAGGUUCUUCACUCUGAAGUCAGGUUCCUCACUCUCAGGACAAAUUUCAUCACUCUGAGGACAAGGUUCGUCAAUCUGAGGACAAGGUUCCUCAUUAUGAGGACAAGGUUCCUCACUCUGAGGACAAGGAUCCUCACACUGUGGACAAGGUUGUUCACAAUAAGGACACGGUUCCUCACACUGAGGACAAUGUUCGUCACUCUGAGGACAAGGUUGCUCACUCUGAGGACAAUGUUCCUCACUCUGACGACAAGGUUCCUCACUCUGAGGACGAGGUUCCUCACUCCGAGGCCAAGUUUCCUCACUCUUAGGAGAAGGUUCCUCACACUGAGGACAUGGUUCCUCACUCUGAAAUCAGGUUCCUCACUCUGAGGACAAGGUUCCUCACUCUGAGGACAAGGUUCCUCACUCUGAGGAGAACGUUCCUCACUCUGAGGACAAGGUUCCUCACUCUGAGGACAAGGUUCCUCACACUGAGGACAAGGUUCCUCACUCUGAGGACAAGGUUCCUCUCUCUGAGGAAAAGGUUCCUCACACUCAGGAAAAGGUUCCUCACUGUGAGGACAAGGUUCCUCACUCUGAGGACAAGGUUCCUCACUCUGAGGACAACGUUCCUCACACUGAGGACAAGGUUCCUCACUCUGAGGACAAGGUUCCUUGCUCUGAGGACAAGGUUCCUAUCUCUGAAGACAGGUUUCUCACUCUGAAGACAAGGUUCCUCAUUCUGAGGACAAGGUUCCUCACUCUGAGGAGAAGGUUCCUCACUCUGAUGACAAGGUUCCUCUCUCUCAGGACAAGGUUCCUCACUCAAAGGACAAGGUUCCUCACUCUGAGGACAAGGUUCCUCACUCUAAGGACAAGGUUCCUCUCUCUGAGGACAAGGUUCCUCACACUCAGGAAAAGGUUCCUCACUCUGAGGACAAGGUUCCUCACUCUGAGGACAAGGUUCCUCACUCUGAGGACAAGGUUCCUCACACUGAGGAAAAGGUUCCUCACACUGAGAAAAAGCUUCCUCACUCUCACGACAAGGUUCCUCCCUCUGAGGACAAGAUUUCUCACCCUGACGACAAGGUUCCUCACUGUGAGGACAAUGUUUUUCAUUCUGAGAACAAGGUUCCUCACUCUGAAGACAAGGUUCCUCAGUCUGAGAACAAGGUUACUCACUCUGUGAACAAGGUUCCACACACUGAGGAAAAGGUUCCUUAUUCUGAGGACAAGGUUUCUCACUCUGAGGACAAGGUUCCUCACCCUGAAGGCAUGUUCCUCACUCUGCGGACAAGGUUCCUCACUCUGUGGACAAGGUUCUUCACACUGAGGACAAGGUUCCUCACACUGAGGACAAGUUUCCUCACUCUGAGAACAAGGUUCCUCACACUGAGGACAAGUUUCCUCACACUAAGGACAAGGUUCCUCACUCUGAAAACAAGGUUCCUCACUCUGAGAACAAGGGUCUUCACUCUGUGAACAAGGGUUCCACAAUCUGA